GCUUCCCGAGCGGAGCUGGAACAAGGGCCGGAGUUUCCGGAGCCUUCGGCUUGACCUCGGAGCCCAGGUUUGCGCCCCAGAAUCCCAGCAACUUGGGGUGUUUCUAGCUCUUUGGGCUGCGGGGCUCGCAGCGCUGCUGAGCUUUGCGCAGCCGGCGGCUGCGGAGGCUGUAUCCUACACGGACGAAAGCCACCAGGAUCGCCGCGUGUUUUCGGUGGGCGAUUUGCACGGCGAUGCUCAGAGCUGUCAGAAGAUCCUCAAGUCCUUGGGACUCAUGGGGGAUGCAGGAGAGUGGACGGGUGGUCGUUCCAUCCUGGUGCAGACGGGGGAUGUCACGGACCGCGGGGACGCGUCGGGCCCCAUCUUCCAGUCCCUCUUCCGGCUGCAGGAUGAAGCACCUGCAUCUGGUGGCAAGGUCAUCUUGUUGCUGGGAAAUCACGAGCUCAUGAACCUGCAGGGCGACUUUCGCUAUGCCACCCCGGCGGACACUGCCUCCAUUGCCGCGCUAGAGCCGGACUUGAAAGGCGAGUCCAGCUCUUCGUUGCAAACGCGCACCAGGAUUUUCUCCAAGGAAGGGUGGCUCGGGCAAGGCGUCCGCGAGCGUUUUCAAGCCCUGGCCGUGGAGAGGAAUGUGUUGUUUGUACAUGCUGGGUUGCUGCCUAUCUUCAAGGAUAUGUUGCCUGGCGGACUGGACUCCGUGAAUGCAGAGGUGAAGCGCUUGUUGAGACUUGGAGGACGCAAGAUGCGAGCAGCCUGA